AUGGAAAGAAAGUUACGAAAUUCGUUUAACCUCAAAGGUGCUACAACUACCUCAAUAUCUAGCCCACAGACUCCCCAACAACAACAACAUCUUCAUCAUCAUGGUACAAGGCAACGAACUGCCGCCACAACAUUGCAACAGCCGGUCUAUAAAAGCCCAGUGACUACAACAACAACACCACAUAUUGUCUCAGAACCAGUGCAAAAAAAUCUCAAUAACAACAACAACAAUGAAGUUUCUACAGCUAUGACACCAGCUGCUUUAGAUGAACAGCAACAGCAGCAGCUGGCAGUGACGACAAUCCCUGCCAAACCCUUAAGUCGUAAUAAAAACGAAGAAGCCAUUAAUGAUUUGCGUACACGCAUUCCUGAAAUUGAAAAUAUUUUCGAUAUACACAGUCGCAUUGGUAAUGGCACAUUCAGUACCGUACUUUUGGGUACACUGAAAAAAGAAGCAAAUCUACCGGAAAAUCAACGACGAAAAUUUGCCAUCAAACAUCAUAUACCAACUAGUCAUCCGGAUCGUAUUAUGAAAGAGCUGCAGUGUAUGGCGAAAAUUGGUGGCACUGACAAUGUCUGUGGCAUCAACUGCUGCAUCCGCUAUAAUGAAUCUGUGGCAUUUAUAAUGCCCUACCUAUCCCAUGAUCGUUUCCACGAUUUCUUUAGCCGCAUGGAUGUGGCCGAGGUCCAAUACUAUAUGAAAAAUCUGCUAAUUGCCUUGCGUCACGUCCAUCGUUUCAAUGUCAUACAUCGUGAUGUUAAGCCCAGUAAUUUUCUAUAUAAUCGCCGCAAACGACAAUUCCUUUUGGUUGAUUUUGGUCUGGCCCAACAGGUGGCGCCACCAUUACAAUCCGUCAACAAUAUACCACAAUCUCCUGUCUUGCUGGGCAGCAAAGCCGCAUCAAUGUCUGCCCCAGGAACGGCUGCUGCUGCCUCGGAGGCUAAACGUAUGCGUGAAAACGAUGAUAGCCACAUUAAAAAAUCAACAGAUGGCAAUACUGUGGCGGUGGCUGUGACUGGAGCCGGCGAGGUGGUCAGCGGCAAUGCCAAGCGUCUACGAUGCACCGGUCCCGCGGAUUACCAGCAACUGGAAUCUGUGGCGGCCAACAAGGCAUCAGCCCUCUUAAAUUCUGGGUCGACAACAGCAACGACAACAAAUAAAACAGCUUUAACCCAUGCUGCUGCAGCUGCUGUAAGUGUUGUUGGGGCAACCAAUGAUUUAGUUAUGGCGGGUAUUAAUGCGCGCAAAUCCGGUGGGGGUAGUGUAACGAUGAGUGGCCGUUUACAGCAAAAAUUGCGUGCUCAGGGCGGUGCUGAAGCCAGCAGUAAUCAACGCUCAUCGUCAGUGGGGGGUGGUGCUGGUAACAAAAAUCUUGUAACUCAGGGUUCAAAUGGCACCACAAAUGCCUCGGAUACCAAAUACAACACAAAUCGUAAUCUAUCCAGUGCCAGUGGUCCAAAAUGUUUCUGCUAUGGCAAUCCUCAAGUCUGUAAUAUCUGUCUGGUGAAAAAGGAGAUUCAUGCCUCGCGUGCUGGCACGCCUGGCUAUAGACCACCAGAAGUUCUACUCAAAUAUCCUGAUCAAACUACAGCGGUGGAUGUAUGGGCCUCUGGUGUUAUUUUCCUAUCGAUACUUUCCUCCGUCUAUCCUUUCUUCAAGGCCCCCAAUGAUUAUGUGGCCCUGGCCGAAAUGGUUACAAUAUUCGGUGAUAAGGCCAUACGUAAAACCGCUUUUAUUUUGGAUCGUUUGGUUACGUUGUCGCAGAAGACCAGGCCACUUGAUUUACGUAAAUUGUGUGUACGUUUUCGUAACCGCGUUAAAUACAGUUCCCCCGAGUUGCUGAAGAAAUAUCAAAAUUCCGAUGGUACCUGUGAAGUUUGCAAAAACUGUGAUCAAUUCUAUUUCAAUUGUUUGUGUCUGGAGACAAGCUAUGUUACCGAACCAAUUGAUGGCGAUGAUAUAUAUCCGGCCAGUGCCUAUGAUUUACUGUACAGACUGUUGGAAGUGAAUCCCCAUAAACGUAUUACAGCGGAAGAGGCUCUAAAGCAUCCAUUCUUUGAAGAAUGCCAUAACAAUAACAACAAUAAUAAUCAUGCCACAGAAUCAAUAAAAUCAUCCCACACUACACCCUCCAUAAGUUUAAUGGCGGCGGCUGCUGCAGGUGAUGCUGUAAAUCAAUCUCAUGACUAA